AUGUCUCCUAUGGAAUCAAUAACGCAAUUGUGUCAAGAAUUGAAUCUUAGCGUUCUAGUUUCGGUUUGCCAGCGUGGCGUUGAAGUGGAAACUAAAACUUUGAGCAGUUUGCUUACAGAGUACAAACAAAGUCAAAAACAAGGAACUCCGGACAGAUAUCAACAUAUAGUGGAAAUGCUCAAAAUUGCCUUAGGUUCAAGUAUGGAUGGUUUAGGUGACGACGAAGUGAGAACCUUGGUUACAAUUGCGAAAAAGUGUGCUGAUAUCCUCGACCUCAAUAAGAAACCAAUAUCUGUGCCUAUGACUCCAAACUUGACAAAAGCGGUGCGGUCAUUAUGCACCACAAUACAUGACUAUUGUAACUCCAAGUGGGAUGGGGGAGUUUU